AUGGAGAUUUUGGAAGAUUCAGCAGCUCCCAUGAGCCCCUUGAGCCAAUACUUCAACACCUCUGCAAUGUGUGUUUCUGUUCUGGGUUUCAUUGAACUCGAAGCUCCAAUUUCUGCCUCCCACGCUGUGUCCAUUGGCACUCAUGUUCUCAUCCCUGCUAACCCACGUUUCAGUUCCAUCAUGGUGAAGGAAAAGUGGUUCGGGGAGAGAAAAUGGAAGAUGGUUGAGGUUAACUUAGAAGACCACAUUUAUACACCAAAAUUUCCGGUGGAUCUCUCACCAUAUGAAUAUGAUGCUUACUUUGAUGAAUAUGCUACAAACACAGCCACCAAACCCUUUAAUCAAAGCAUUCCUUUGUGGGAAAUUCACGUUUUCAACUACCCUACAAGCCAUGCACCAUGCACUCUAAUUUUCAAGGUUCAUCACUCUAUAGCCGAUGGCUUUUGUCUUAUGAACACCCUUUUAAGUUUCCUUAAGAGAGCCGAUGAUCCUUCUCUUCCUCUCACUUUCCCGUCUCGAAAACGCUCAAAACAACUCGAAUAUGCACACGAUUUUGGUCGUCUUAGCCAUUUCCCAGCUCGUCUUUUCUUAUCUCUUUGCAACUUCAUCUCGAACUUUGGAUAUAGUAUCGCGAACACUUUUACUGAAGAUGAUCCAACGCCCAUCAAACGAGAAGGAGAUUCCAUGCAACUCGUUAAGCCAAUUGCCAUAUCCACCAUGACUUUUUCCCUCGAUCAAAUCAAACAAAUCAAGACUAAGCUUAACGCGAGCGUUAAUGAUGUGAUCACGGGAAUCAUAUUCUUGGGAAUUCGACUAUACAUGCAAGAACAUAGCCCCGAUUCAAGGGAGGCAAAUUCAAGUGCAUUGAUUCUACUCAACACGAGAAAGGCUAAGGCUUACAAAUCGGUUCAAGAGAUGGUCGAAACCGACACGGACGCACCGUGGGGAAAUAGAAUCGCCUUUUUGCCAAUGCCAAUCCCUAAACUCAUGGAUUCUACUCUUUCAACUGCCCCUUUGGAGUUUGUGAAGGAAGCCAAAAAGAACAUCAUGUUGCAAAGAAGCCCUCUCUCAGGUAUCGUCUAUUGUCUAGUUUUGAAACGCUUUAAAAAGAGUCUAAUUGUAACAAUUGUGAGUUACAUGGGAGACUUGAGGAUUGUGUUUGGAGGUGAGAAGUGCUUCAUAGAUCUACACAAGUUGAAAGCAUGCGUUGAAGAUGCCUUCCAAAGGAUGCUGAUCGAAGCUCGUUUAAAAAAUUAA